AUGCAUAUUGAGCUUCAGAUUAAUAUUGAACAAGAUUUGGUUGAGGUUCAGGCUCAAGUUGGGUUUGGGAUUCUGGUAAAUAUUGGUCUUGGAUUACUUGUUCAGUUUCAGAUUGAACUAGAAUUUCAAUAUGAUCAAGGUUCAACCAUAAGAGGUCUAAAUUCAAAGUUAUCAAACUUAGAGAAAGCACUUGAGCUUGAGCUUGAUUUAGAACUUGAAACCUCAAUAGGGGGUUCAAAGAUGAUGUUUAAGGGCUGA